UGCGUAAACGCGCUCGCGCAGCGGCACCACUAGGAUGACAGCUCAGACCUGUCCACGUCAACAGCGAACACAGACGCGAUGGAUUCCAUGUCCAUGGAGCCGUCCCUCUACACAGUGAAGGCUCUCUUCAUCCUCGACAACGAUGGCAACAGGUUGCUGUCAAAGUAUUACGACCCUGAGCUGUACCCUUCUAUGAAGGAGCAGAACAACUUUGAGAAGAAUGUUUUUAACAAGACCCACAAGGCAGACAAUGAGAUAGCGUUCUUGGAGGGGAUGACUGUGGUCUAUAAGAGCAGUAUAGAUCUCUUCUUCUACGUGGUUGGCAGCCCGCAGGAGAAUGAGUUGAUGCUGAUGUCGGUGUUGAACUGCCUGUUUGACUCACUCACUCAGAUCCUCAGAAAGAAUGUGGAGCGCAGAUACCUCCUAGAGAACAUGGAAGGAGUGUUCCUGGUGGUGGACGAAAUCAUCGAUGGCGGGGUCAUCCUGGAGAGCGACCCACAGCAGGUUCUGCAGAAGGUCAACUAUAAGUCGGAUGAGAGCCCAUUAUCGGAACAGAGUGUGGCCCAGCAUAUAACAGAAAAACUGGCUCUUACUACGAAUGUGAUACAAUCGGCAAAGGACCAAAUUAAAUGGUCUAUCCUGAAAUAAAGGCCUAUAUGGAUCAAAGGAACGAUACUGCAAGAUAUAGGAAAAAUAUGCUACAAGAAGCAAACCCUUUAUUUUCUUACUGCGCUAAAGGGACGUUCAGUUUAUGGGCUUUCAUGCUGGUACCUAAAAUGAUUGUAGCUAAAAAAUAUUUUUUGCUAUACAAUUAUAUUUGUAUGUUUUGUAUGUAUAGUUGGAUUUGUUUAAUUUAUUGGAGUUUAGGGAUGACUGUAUUGGUCUCUAAGCGAGAUGUGGUUCAUUUAAAUAAAAAAUAUGUAGAAAAGCAUAUGAAAUAAAUAAGUUUAAAAUCAUAUCCAAAGCAUUAACCUUAAACGAAUAUAGUUACUUUUGAAGAAAAUGUAGUUCCAUAACAUUAAGGCGGCCUGUUUUUGAACAUUAUUACUGAAGGCUGUUAUGAUAUUUAAAAAAUAUAUAUUUGUUAGUGAAGGAGGUUGCGAUAACAUUUUCUGAAGUAAAAAUAUAAAAAGUAAUAACAUGAUUAUUACAUAAAUCAUAAACGCAUUAUUUCAUAUGUACAGGCCUAUAUGUGUAAUACAUUUGUUUAUGUAGUUUGACAUUUGCAUGUUAAUAUAUUAUUUUUUCACCGUUUCCCAUUGUUCGAUCAAAUAAUGAAAUUAUUCAAAGAGUUUGAGGGAAAGGUUGACAGGUUAUUUGUGUGUUUUUUUGUUAAGAAUGUAAUGUGUUACUGCACUUUUUGCUUUUCAUGUGGAUUAAACUGUUUCUAUUUUUUUGCCAAGUAAUUAAUGCAUUUGUAGAUCAUCUAACAUAUUGGUGACAUUCAAUAUCGAAAAAAAACUAUUUGUUGCCAAAAUUAUCGAAUAAUGUAGUCUAUUUUAGUAACAAAACGGUGAUUUAUAUUACAUUUUAUAUAUUUUUAGUUAAAGCCGAAUACAUUAUGCUUUGUUUAUGUGAUUUCCUGAUAACGAAUUUGGCAUAUGAGAUUUGUGAAACGACAAAUAAAUAAAAACAAUGCAAGUCUUUAUUUUGGUUUUAUAUAUUGUUCU